AUUCUUUUUUAGCCUAAUCAUGUGGAUUAUUAUUUUUUGUUGUAGGAUGGAAAAUAGUCAAACGAAUGGUUCCUAUUAGAAAUAGAAGUUUGAAAUAUAGUGUUACCUGAAUCGUGAUAAAAGAUAGAUUGUCACUAGUUUUCGCGAAGUUUGAAAUUAAAUUAUUGGAGAAAUGGAACAGGCGGAACAUGAGGGUCCUACGUACAACUGGCAGUGCGUCACUGAUCCCUUUAUUGAAGCAUGUGAUCAGCUUGAACUAGGGGAACUGUUGCAUGACUCAUCAUUUGGAUUGUUUGAAGCAAUGUCAGCUAUUGAAAUGAUGGAUGUGAAGAUGGAUGCAGGAAUGAUGUGUAACCAGAUCAAGAGAGAAGUCAGAAACUUACAGCAAUCUGUACAGGCAGGUACUGUAAAGCUGAACAGUUUACAACAUUCAGAGCUGAUUGGUAUAAUGGAUGCUUCUCUGGCCUGCAUGGUAACUUGGCUUGAAGGUCAUUCCCUGGCACAGACGGUAUUCACCAACCUAUACUUUCACGACCCAUCACUGAUAGAGGACAGAUGUCUCAAAGCUUUCUCCAUAUGUAUGCUCAAAAUUGUUGAUUUAAUCCGAGACAGAAUAAACAGGGCCGGAGUCUUUGAAGAGGAAGACUUCCAGCCCCUGACGUAUGGGUUUAAGAUGGGUUGCGAGGUUACAGAUCUCAGAGCUAUUGGUAUGAUGAAGGAAGUAGAAGAUGAUCUCAACAGAAAUAUCAGGCAUAUUAAAGGCUUAAUGCAGGGCGAGGCUGGAGACAGUGAGAAGGAAUCAGAGUAUGAGCUGUGUGUAGCAGUGUGUACGAGAAUAAAGUUUUACAAAUUGUUACUUUCAGUGCUGAUAGCAUUCAGCAAAGAUAAGUGUGAAGGUGUUCCACAAGCACAGAAGCUGAUUGGUCAGGUGUUAGAGUUGAUUAAACCAAUGAAAACAUCUGUUUCACUUGGAAUACAACCAGAGGAGAGGGAGGUUACCAAAAAUGAUUAUCCAACUAUAAUGGGGUUUGAGCCUCUGAUCAACCAGAGAUUGCUGCCCCCAACAUUCCCAAGAUACACUGUCAUACACAGCCGAGACUCGUCACUGGACUACAUGGAAACCUUGCUGAACAGACUGGAAAUGACAACAGCUGUACUCAAUGCCAACAAUAUACAGGAAGUUUAUGAAGUAUUCAAGGAAUUUAGUAAACUUUCACCAUGUGUGUUAACAAGAUCCAUAUUACAGUUAACAUUUUUACCUCCAAGUAGAAGAGUAUUUGGUAAACAUACUUUGACAGAUUUUCUAAAAGAUUCUGUACGAGCAUUUGUAAUGCCUCCAGCUCUUGCCCCAAAAGCACCAAUAUACAACAAUCCAGAAGUAAAGCAGUAUGUAGAUGCUUUGAUGACGCGUGCUGUGCGACCUAUAUGUACAGUGUUACAGAUCACAGGACAUAAUCGUGCUCGACAGAGAGAUAAGUGGGCACACCUGCUGGAUGAGAUGGCUAGUCUACAGGAUGAGGCAGACAAAGUUGAUGGAUACCUACAUCAAGUGCAGAUGAAAACUGAUCCAAACCGUCAGUACGGAUCUAGCUUUGGAACCUGGGUGUUAUAUUACACUCUGCAAGUCAUGGUCAACUACACAUUGUCUGGCUUUGAGCUGGAACUGUACGCACCAUAUGAAUAUCAUUAUGUCUAUUGGUACUUGUAUGAACUGUUGUAUUCCUGGCUGUUUUCAACCAUACAGAGAGCUGACUCAUUUGUCACAGAUCAUGAAGCUUAUAUUGAUAUGGUAAGCAGUAAAGGUCGAGGCGGUAAAAAGAAUAAGAAGAAGAGACGAUCUAAAGGCAUACAGAAAGAGGCAAACAUCUGUCAGGCUCAACAGAAUAUGUUUGGAGGAUAUUAUAAGGCUGUCAUGGGAUUACAAUUAGCAAACAAAUUAAAACAUCCAAACUUUGAGUAUGAUAAAGAGGAAGUGAGAUACAGUCACAGAUUUGCUCCUUUUGCUUGUGUUUCUACUCCACCAAUGGUUCCAUAUUCACAGUUUAAGGAGAUGACCAGUUUGAUACGGUACUCACCAAUGCCUACAGCAGCUGAUCUGUUCACUACUAGUUGUAAAUUCUUCCAUCAAGCCAAAACACUAUAUGAAACAAUUCCUAGUCCAUCAGAAGAGAUUCAAAAAGUGAUCAGAAUUGCAAAGACAAAUUUUGUAAUGAUGAAGUUACUUAGUGGAGGACAUAAACAGGAUUCUCAGGUGCAGGCAGAGUUUGACUUCAGUUUACACAGAUUGUUUCCAAUCAUCAAAGUAUGAUAUCCAAGUGCAAUAGUAACUGUAAUCCAGACAACUUCGCCAUAUGCCAUGCUCAGCAGGAAAGGGCACCAUUCCCAUAUUAGAUUUUAUACCGGACAUCAUCUGUGGGAUAUUGUUUACAUACUUGUCUAAUGAAAUUAUUUUGUGCCAUUUCUAGCAAGAUUUGGAAUUUUCUACAGUGGAUUUUAUGUUGUGGAUUUUGUGUUGAUUUCAAGAAAAAAUGAAACUUGCAGAUUUCUUGUCUGCCUCUUAUUUACUGAUUGUUGGACAUUUGAGGUAGUUCUUGCAGGAACCAAAGAAGAAAGAAUUUUCUAUAAUGUGAGUUACAAAGAAUCCUUUAUAUACCGGUACUUACAAAGAAAUAUUUGGCUCAAAAAUUGAAUGUGACCCCUUGUCCGAGAGUCUAUAUGUUUAAUUAUCUGUCUUCAGUGUUUAUGAAACACCCUUUUACAGCUGAUCGUGUAUUAGGGGCAGAUAAAGAAAGGAAUAUAUAUAGGAGACUAUUGUUCUUUAAAGUGUUAGUUCUUUGUGAUUUUUUAAUUUAUAUUCUAUACAGUGAUAUUUUUGUGGUGGCACUAUGACCAGUGGGUUUUAUCUAGUUCUUACAAUGAAGUACAAAACAUACACUUUAUAUUUCUUUUGUUUCAGAUAAAACUGAUGUUAAGUUUUUAUCAGUGACUUGGGUUAAUAUGUAUAAUAAACUUGAAGAAAUAAAUAUUGAGAAAUCA